GCAGGCUGGCGGUUCCCGUCGGCGCGCUGGGUGCCGGGAGGUUCAUGGAAGCGGCAGUCAGAUGAGAAAUGAGUUGUACCAUAGAGAAGGUUCUGGCUGAUGCAAAAGCACUGGUAGAACGGCUGAAAGAACAUGACAAUGCAGCAGAGGCUCUCAUCGAGCAAACCACUGCACUAAACAAGCGGGUGGAGGCCAUGAAGCAGUACCAGGAAGAUAUUCAGGAACUGAACGAAGUGGCCAGGCACCGACCUCGCUCUACGCUUGUGAUGGGAAUCCAGCAGGAGAACAGGCAGAUCAGGGACCUUCAGCAGGAGAAUAAAGAGCUCCGCACGUCUCUGGAAGAACAUCAGUCUGCAUUGGAACUUAUCAUGAGCAAGUACAGGGAGCAGAUGUUCCGACUGCUGAUGGCCAGCAAGAAGGACGACCCCGUGAUGGUUACCAAAUUAAAGGAACAGCAUUCCAAGGAACUCCAGGUCCAUGUUGAUAAAAUCAAUGAGAUGGCCACAGUGAUGAGAAAAGCCAUCGAAAUCGACGAGCAACGUUUAUUCAAGGAGCAGGAACGAAUUGUCCAGUUAGAGUUUGAAAAUAAAGGUCUGCGGGAAGUGCUGCAGAUAAACAAGGAAUCAUUUCACUGCUUGAAGGAAGAUGUAUUAGAAAGUAGGUCAUUAUCUGGAUUAGUGACAAAUGCCAACCUCAGCAUGCGGAAGAGCUGAGAGACAGCUCAGACCCAUGAGCUUCCACUGAUUAGUCCACUGGUGGGUGAACAUUUUAGCCAGGCUGAUUGAGCCAAUGUAUCAACUACGUACAGAUUACUGUUAAUUUCUGAAGCUAAAUGAGUUUUGUGGCUAGUUAAUUAAACUGACAAAAGUAGCUUAUUUUACAUUGCAUGGUUAACUUGGUUCUUUUAGGGAAAUAAAAAAUCUGUACACUUGUUUUGUGUAAUGUGGCCAGCAUCUUAUAUUUAGUUCAGGGACCCUCUCUGGCCUCAUUCCUACCUGUUUGUCUGCCAGAGCGUGAUUUAAAGCAAAGGUUGCUGCUGCCACCAGCAUAUAGGCCUCAGGGAAUGAAGCAAUCUCCAGUUCACAGUUACCCUUUGGAACUAUUGAACUGAAAUACCCUUGUCUAUAUAUAAUUUAUAAUAAUGUAAAAUGUGUGUAUGCAGUGGUGAGGGUGUCUACAGAGAGCUGGUUAGAGAUUGUGUCAAACUUUAUCACACAAAUUGGAUAAGUAUUUAUUUAACUGACCAAGGCUAGAAUGGGUUGCAAGUGUGAACUGGUAUGAUGCAGAGUGGAAGUGGUUCAUGAAUUGAUUGUUUUAGCGAGGUUUUUACUGAAUGCACUCUUUCAAGUCUAUAAGAACAUUCUAUUUUUUACCAAGUUUAUUCACAAUGUGAGAUCAUCAACUUGGAUUGGGUUGUUAAUCCUACAAUAUCUGUACAAUAUGCUGUUUGUGGAUGUGUAUAUUUUUGCUUUAAUAAAGAUUGAUUAAAUAUAUUGUCACACUGA